CGAGGGCUGGGGCUGGCCUAUACACGGAAGUCCAAGUUCCGCUAAAUUCACUUCACUGACAAACUAGUGCACCGACAGACCAGGACGCACGCUUCUCUGAGCACUCCAGACCGGCCUUAAGACACGAGCGAGGUGAACGAUGAGCAGCAGUUACAGUGUGAGUCUGGUGGGACCUGCUCCAUGGGGCUUCAGGCUGCAGGGGGGAAAGGACUUCUGCCUGCCCCUCACUGUGUCCCGGGUGACCGAUGGAGGAAAGGCAGCCAAAGCAAAGAUGGUUGUUGGAGACAUCAUUUUGUCGAUAAACGGCAUUUCCACUGAGGGCAUGAACCACCUGGAGGCUCAGAACAAGAUCAAAGCCAGCACAGACCAGCUCAGCCUCACCCUACAGAAACCAUCCAGUGCCCCCAAUAAUGGAUUGCCUAAGGGCGAAGCUCAGGAGAUCAUUAAACCUGUGCCCAUCACCCACACCGCUUCAAACCCCACGGCCUCCAUCACCAGUAAGACCCCAGCUCAGGUCAGUCCUGCAUGCAACCAGACGCCCAGGCCCUUUGGAGUGAACAGCCGCACCACCACUCCCCCCAAAGUAGCCUCCAUCCCCUCGGAAUCUUCUGCGUUCACACCAGCCACAUCCUCCCUGCCCACUGUCCCGCAGCCAUCCGUCUAUAACUCCCCCAUAAACCUCUACUCCAGCACUAACGCUUGUGAGGUUGUCAUGGGGCAAAGGAGGGGCCUGCUGGAGAGCCAGGGCCUUUCAGAUGUCCUCAAUGGGAAACCCACAGAACCUCCUAUGAACCACACCCCUCCUCUUAGUGAUGCCAGUAAAAAACGCAUUAUUGAGGACACUGAGGACUGGCACCCGCGCACUGGCACCUCUCAGUCCCGCUCCUUCAGGAUCCUGGCCCAAAUGACUGGCACCGAGAAUGAGCAAACCCCAGAGACAAGUGGAAAGAAGGAAUCGGUUGACAAUGUUACUCCUGCUGUCCACACAUCACCUGCAGCAAAACCAUUUUCCAAAUCUGCACCUUCACCCAAGAAUGGGAACACGGCUCCUGCUCCCACAUUCAAGAGCCCAGGAUCCCACACUGCCUCUCCUGCAGGUUUUCCCAAGAGUGGCCCUGUUCCUUCUUUUGGCAAAGUGACUGGUCCAGCACCCAGAGGUCCAGACCGCCCCACCCCACAGCCUCACCCACAGGACUUGGACUCUCUGGUGCAGCGGGCAGAACACAUGCCAGCUGCCACCAGAACUCCUGUGUGCAACAAGUGCAGCAAUAUCAUCAGAGGGCCGUUCCUCAUGGCACUGGGCAAGUCAUGGCACCCUGAGGAAUUCAACUGUGAUCACUGCCGCUCCUCCCUGGCAGAAAAUGGCUUUGUGGAGGAGAAGGGCAACUUGUACUGCGUGCACUGCUACGAGACCAUGUUCGCUCCCACCUGCUUUAAGUGCCAGCAGAAGAUUCUCGGGAAAAUUGUGAAUGCGCUGAAGCAGACUUGGCAUGCAUCAUGUUUUGUCUGCAGUGCCUGUCAUAAACCAAUCGGAGGCAACGCUUUUCACAUGGAGGAUGGACAACCAUACUGUGAACAAGACUACUACUCUCUCUUUGGGAACAACUGCCAUGGCUGUGACUUCCCUAUUGAGGCAGGGGACAAGUUUAUAGAGGCACUGGGAGUUACCUAUCAUGACACCUGCUUUGUGUGCACAGUCUGCUGUGUUUCCCUGGAGGGCCAGCCGUUCUUUUCCAAAAAAGACAAGCCAUUAUGCAAGACGCACGCUCACUCUGUCAACAUCUAAUCAUCUGCCAGAUACAAUGUAAUACAAUUCUGUCAUUCACACCACAUUGGAGACUAAUGGUUUAACAAUGCUUUUAUAUGCAGCACCACAAAAAAUUUGUUAGCAGUACAUUUCAAAACUUGUAUGUAUGCACCUUCUGUUUGUAGUUUGUUAAUGGCUGCUGUUGUGCCAUUAAUAUAAUGUGUAUUAAAUAUUUGUUUUGUGUGUUUUUUGGGGGGGUAGUUUUAGUUUAAUGUUUAAUUUAUGUUAAAUGUUAUUGUGCAUUUGGUGUUAUAAUUUAGAUAUUGCUGAAAAGAGAAAGAACAUGGUGGGAGAUAAUGUUGCACAAGCCAUUUUGUAAAAAGAAAACGUGUGUAGAUGUAUUAGUUAAUAUGAAACUUAUUUUGCAUUAAUAAACAAAUUCCAUUGAGGUUCAAAUAGUACUACUAUGCUGACUGACAUAACACUGUAUGUUAAAGGUAUUGCAUUUUUCCCAAGACUACCCUGAGCACUGUUCGUGUUAAAGUGUACAUUUUCCAGACGCAGGCCCAGCUCUCUUUUACAUUUGCAAACUAAGUAAAAUUUCUAAAUGAAACAUUGUUCUCUAUAUUUUCAAUAAAUGCAACAAAAACACAA